AUGCAGCGAGCUCUCUCUGCUUCCUCCAGGGCCUCGGUCCUUGCCUCUGCUGCUUCUACCAGAACCCAGCUCUCCCAGUUCCGACCAGCUCUUGCUGCCGGCGUAAGUCUUCAGCAGCAGCGAUAUGCCCAUAAGGAGAUUAAAUUUGGUGUCGAAGGCCGCGCCUCUCUCCUCAAGGGUGUUGACACCCUCGCUAGAGCCGUCACCGCUACAUUGGGCCCCAAGGGACGAAAUGUUCUAAUAGAAUCCCCCUAUGGUUCCCCAAAGAUCACAAAGGGUAUGUUUACAGUCCUUGAAUCUUGUUUGUCUAGCUUUGUUUCAGUGUUUGCUAACUUGAAUGAACUCUUAGAUGGUGUCACCGUUGCUAAGGCCGUUGCUCUGGAAGAUAAGUUCGAGAACUUGGGAGCUCGUCUUCUCCAGGAUGUCGCUUCCAAGACCAACGAGGUUGCCGGUGACGGAACUACCACUGCCACCGUCCUUGCCCGUGCCAUCUUCUCCGAGACCGUCAAGAAUGUUGCCGCUGGUUGCAACCCAAUGGAUCUUCGAAGGGGUAUCCAGGCCGCUGUCCAGUCUGUUGUCGAGUACCUACAGGCCAACAAGAGAGACAUCACCACUACCGAGGAGAUUGCCCAGGUUGCUACUAUCUCCGCCAAUGGAGAUACCCACGUUGGCAAGCUUAUCUCCAAUGCCAUGGAGAAGGUUGGAAAGGAAGGUGUCAUCACUGUGAAGGAUGGAAAGACCAUCGAUGACGAGCUCGAGGUUACCGAGGGUAUGCGUUUCGACCGUGGUUACACCUCCCCAUACUUCAUCACCGACCCCAAGACCCAGAAGGUUGAGUUCGAGAAGCCUCUUAUCCUUCUUUCUGAGAAGAAGAUCUCUGCCGUCCAAGACAUCCUCCCAGCCCUCGAGGCUUCUACCACUCUUCGCCGACCAUUGGUCAUCAUUGCUGAGGAUAUCGAUGGUGAGGCUCUUGCCGUCUGUAUCCUUAACAAGCUCCGUGGCCAGCUCCAGGUUGCUGCUGUCAAGGCUCCUGGGUUCGGAGACAACCGCAAGAGCAUCCUCGGCGAUAUCGGAAUUCUCACCAACGCCACCGUCUUCACUGAUGAGCUCGACAUGAAGCUCGACAAGGCUACUCCCGACAUGCUCGGAUCCACCGGCUCCAUCACCAUCACCAAGGAGGACACCAUCAUCCUCAAUGGCGAGGGCAGCAAGGAUGCUAUUGCUCAGCGCUGUGAACAGAUCCGUGGUGUUAUUGCUGACCCUGCCACCUCUGACUACGAGAAGGAGAAGCUCCAGGAGCGUUUGGCCAAGCUCUCCGGUGGUGUUGCCGUCAUCAAGGUUGGCGGUGCCUCUGAAGUCGAGGUCGGUGAGAAGAAGGACCGUGUUGUUGACGCCCUCAACGCUACCCGUGCCGCUGUGGAGGAGGGUAUCCUCCCCGGUGGUGGUACCGCCCUCCUCAAGGCCUCUGCCAAUGGCCUUGCUGGUGUCAAGCCAUCCAACUUUGACCAGCAGCUCGGUGUCAGCAUUGUGAAGAGCGCCAUCACCCGCCCAGCUCGCACCAUCGUCGAGAACGCCGGUCUCGAGGGAAGCGUCGUUGUCGGUAAGCUCACCGAUGAGUUUGCCAGUGACUUUAACCGUGGCUUCGACAGCUCCAAGGGCGAGUACGUUGACAUGAUUACCUCCGGUAUCGUUGAUCCCCUCAAGGUCGUCCGAACCGCCCUUGUUGAUGCCAGUGGUGUUGCCUCGCUCCUUGGAACCACCGAGGUCGCAAUUGUCGAUGCCCCUGAGCCCAAGUCUGCUCCUACUCCAGGUGGCAUGCCUGGAAUGGGUGGCAUGGGUGGCAUGGGCGGUAUGUACUAA